AUGAAAUAUGCAACUCAUUGUAACCAUUUGUUUUAUUUCUUCUCUUUUUCCUUGAAUACAGGAGAUGCCUUCAUGCUUGUAUACACCAUAGACAACAAGGAGACUUUCCAAGAAGUGCUUCGUAUACGACAGCAAAUCAUAGACACUAAGAGAGCCAAAGGCAUCAAGUCAACUCCCAUGGUACUCGCCGGAAACAAGGUCGAUCGCGAUGACUUCCGCGAAAUCGACUUCGACGACGCUCGUCGCGCAGUUUCUUCCGCCAAACGGUGCUCGUGCCUGGAAGUGAGCGCCAAGGACAAUAUCAACAUCGAUUGCCUUUUCCAUUCGCUCUUCGAGCACGCUAGACUACCAAGUGAAAUGACGCCGUCGCUUCAUCGAAAAGUCGGCGGCGGCGAGAACACUGGCCCACCGGAUCUUUCACCCAAGAGCAACCCAAGGGGAAUCACACUGCGCAAGCGCAUUAGUGACGCGUGUGGCGUCAUCUCGCCCAACGCGCGUCGACCGAGUCUGCGCAGUGAUCUCCUGCAGGUGCGCAACAACGCGCUUCGGAGCGUGAAGCGGGGCGAUAUGGACGAGGAAGAGGAACCUGCGGCUGAAGGUACAGGAUUUAGAAAGAAACGUGGAUGUAUCAUUCAAUGACGGUGACGUCAUCAUUUUCAUCUUUCCAAGUGCUUAUAUGUUUUUGAAUGAUAAAUAUAACUGAUCGCCAUUUCUUUCCAGGUUUUUGCCUACCGCUCGUGAAAAAGACAAAUCUUCCAUUAUGCAACUGAUGAUGUGAUGCACCGAGACCAACAAUAUAACUAUUGUAAUGGCCAUGCUGGCUAAAUGCUUUUGAUAUUUUUUUUCUACAUAGAGAUAGGAUUAUACAUGUGAUGUAUGAUAUAUUAUGUAAAAAUGUUGUUGUAUAUGCCUAAAUAUGAUUAUAAAAGUGAGUUUAUUGUGUGCAGCAGAAAAUAGAGCUAUAAAGGCGUUUCAAAAGUGCAAUUUUUGUGUAGGGAAUAUCAGCAACCGGCAUCUAAAGGGCAUCAAACGUAUUUUUUAGACAUUGCUGAAUAAGUUACUCUUCUACGAUGACCUUAACUAUCAAAACAGAAGUAUUUUCCGCUACAUUGGCCCGUAUUCUGAAGUCUAUUUUAACUAAGACCAUGGUUUAAGUCUGUACUAAAACUAUGAGAAGCUGAAAAUGUCAAACUUUGUUAUACGUUUACUGUAUUAUUUUCCCCUGCUCCAAAGGUGAUGAUAACUAUAUUACUUAUCAUUCCCACACAGUUAUCAAUAGUUGGAGUGCCAAAUGUGCUGGCAUUCCGAAUCUCUACUGUUUGAGAUACUUGUAUACUUAACAAUUGGCUAUCCAUAGAUAAAGCAAAACUUUAAACCAGAUUAUAAUUUAAACUCGAGUUUAGAGUACGGGCCUCUGUGUCUAAAAAUCGGUAAACGAGGAAGUAUGGUAUGGGUGUAUCUCACCCAU